UCCAGAGCUGAGUUGACUCGAGACCGUAGGUCGCGUCUGGGAGAGGAGGGAGAGGGCUUCCCCGAAUGGAUUGACACAAGAAGGAUUUACGCUUUAAAUUGUGUUUUAUUCAGUAUGGCUAUAUACGUGUUGAUAAAAACAGUAUUGGUAGAUUGUGUCAAUGUAUCAGCGUUGUAAAGAAGAGCUACUAACCAGCCAUAUUUUCCGAGUGAAACCAAUACAAUGAUCGUCAGUGUCUAUCAGGAGUGGAAUAUUAUUAGCAAUUCAGACAGUGCAACUGUCUCUCUGGUCCUUGCACAGGUUUUCAACAUGGUGGGAAAAUAAAUCAACAUAUGAGUGUCAGUGUAAGCCAGUAAUCCACUCUCCAAAAAAUUAAGGAAGAGAGAAAAAAAAGUUGAAGUUGUAGCACAGCUGAGAACAACCAUUCACCUGGUUCCCAUGCCGACUGCCCCAUCUCUGCCCUCUCACAUCCUCCACUAUGCCUCCUACUCCCAAACCCCCUAAGAGACAACCCCCACCACAGACAAGGAAUGGCUGCAAGGUGAUACCCACAACAACAACCACCACCACCACCGCCAAGAGGCAGAUCUCCAACUCCAGCAAGUUUAGAGGAAAAGCCAUUGAGAGCCCACAGUCGACACCGAAACCACCCCGAAGAUCCACAACCAGGACCCAGGCCCAGCCGGCCAGAAGCCCAGGGAGGAGUGGGGUUGGCAGGCUUGGCAGUCAGGUCCCGGGGGGGUCCCCUGGUAGGGUUAACCAUGCCCCUGUGCAUGUAACAGGAUCAGUGAGGCUAAGGAGCCGGGGUAAUCCUCUGCUCCAGCAUGGGGUGGGAGAGGAUCCGCCGGGGCGCAGGAUGUCCUUACGGGGCAUGGGGUGCUCCAAGAAGUUUCCUCCCCUGACGGUAAAGCCUAGCAGGGGAGGGAAGAAAGCCAGAGGGAGGGGGGCGAGGGGAGCAAGGGGUCAGAGAUGGAGUGAAAGAGGGAUUGAGCAAGGACCUGAGGAGUCUGACCCUGGUAGUAUAGACCCUAGUAUGAUUGACCAAGAGAAGGAGGUAGUCAGCCAUGAUAGUGAGGGCCAACCUCUUAACCUAAGGACUGAACUUGAAGACCCUUCCUGUGUUGACCAGCAGGAACCAGGAGUCGGCCAUGAAUGUGAGGGAAAACCUCUUAACCUGAGGACUGAACUUGAUGACACUUCCUGUGUUGACCAGCAGGAACUAGGAGUCAGCCAUGAUAGUGAGGGCAAACCUAACCAGAGGACUGAACUUGAUGACCAUUCCUGCAUUGACCAGCAGGAGCCAGGAGUCGGCCAUGAUGGUGAGGGCAAACCUCUUAACCUGAGAACUGAUGACUCAGCUAGUGAUGACAAACAUGAAGAGUUAGUUGCCCAUAAUGGUGACACGGUUGGUACUGACCCACACAAUAAGCCUUUCAGCCAUAGUGGUCAGGGCAAACACUCUGAGCUCAAUGACCCCAUCAGUGUUGACCAACAACAGGAAAAGCUAGUCAAUACUAUUAGUGAGGGCAAUUCAGCGCAAUUCUACCAGAGCCAUGAGCUUGGUGACUCUACCAGUGAUGAGAGGCAGGAAGUGUCAGUCGUCCCUAAAGGUGAAGACAAAGCCAAGAUUAACCUUGGAGCUGAGCAGAUUGAGAUCGAGCAGAGAGAGAGAGAUACUCAUGCAGAGGAGCAGAGAGGAGGGGAGAGGUUGGAGAAGGAUGGAAAGGAAGCAGUAGAGGAGGAAGCAGUGGAGGAAGGAGAGAAGACUGAUGAAGAAAAGAAGAAAGCAGAGGGGGAGGAGAGAGUGGAGAUAGUCAAGGUGAAGGAGACCAAGGAAAGAGAGGAGAAAGACGAGAGACUGGAGAAGAGAGAGUUUAUCAGCAGACCUCCAGACACAAGCUCCAGUAUUUCUGUCUCUCAGCCCCAAAAGCCACCUCUGCAGGAUGAUAUGUUGAUGAUGCAAUCACCUGUCCAUCCCCCAUCUGUCGCUGAACCAGCUACCUCAGACCUGGUGUCACCCCCUCUCCCUCAUCCUCACCCGACCUUUACACUUCACCCCACAAUGUCACAUGACAUUAAGGUUCUGAACCAAGGUGCAAAACUAAUCCAACCUACCCAAACUGUUGAAAUCCAUAAACCUUUAAAAGUCCCAACUACUUUCCAUGAGACAUCACAGAUGACCUCAGUGCACCCAGUAUCACUAAGUCUCUCAGUUGCCUUCCUCAGUGAACCCCACAAGUCUCUAUGUGUAAUCCCAGCGAACCCAGCACCCGGUCAGAGCCCAGAGAGCCCUGUCUCUCCAGAGGCUAGACAACUUCUCAGACCAGUGGACAAAGAGACCAGAGAGUCAUCCAAUCACCUCAAUGUAAAAUUAUCUUCAUCAUCUGCAUCAUCAUCGUCAGACCUGUACACCAACGCGGAGGUCCCCAUCACUGUGUCUGUACCUGACCUGGUUCCAUUGUCAAACAACCACAACAAUUACCCAGAAGAACCACCAUCAUCAUCAUCACUCCCAUACACAAAGAAAGACGUCUUCACCACUGGGUCUGAACCAGACAAAGACAUUGUAUCUGUCUCUGAUUGUGACCUGGGUUCUGGUCCAAUGACUCACAACAAGUACAACCAAGAUGAGCCACAACCAUCACUCCCAAACACAGACACAAGGUCUGAACCAAACACAGGGUCUGAACCAAACACAGAUAUUGCAUCUGUCUCUGUAUCUGAUCUGGGUUCAGUGCCAAAGACCUCCUGCAUCCCUAACCAGGAGAGUUCUAGCUCCAAGUUCUCAUUCUCCUUCUCCUGCAGCUCUGAGAGCACCCAAUCCUCCUACUCCUUCGACACUGAGUCAGAGACUGGAUAUGGGGAACUUAGCCCCAGUGGACACCCUAGCCUGGACCUGGGACACCUGGACAGGGGCACAUCUCUGCCCCGAACCCCACGGAUCAUCCAGAGGAGGGAGAGGAAGAAGAGGAGUAGGUGUGGAGGGUGUGAGCCGUGCCUAAGGAAGAUCAACUGUGGCCAGUGUAGCUGCUGUCUGAACCGCAGGACUGGACACCAGAUCUGUAAACUGAGGAAGUGUAUGGAGCUGAGGAAGAGGAGGCCAAUGUCACUGCUCACACUAACAUCUACUCAGGUGGGGUGCAAGGACGUGGCCAAACCAGCAUUAAAGAAACCAGUUUCCACGGUGGUUCCAGAGGACAGCUCAGUUAAUGGAAGAGGCCCUGUCCAGAUGGCAGAGGACACCUGUACGGCAGCGGAGGACGACGAGGAGGGUCACAUACCUCACACACACCCUCCCCACAUCCACACUCUUGCCCAAAUCCAAGAUGGACGACCAGCAGCACUUAUCAAGAGAGAGCCUGGCCUGGAGGACACCAAUGAUGGACUUCUUCUACAGCACCACUGCUCUUCUUCUGGGACUUUUCACAACGGUGCUAACGAAAACAUGGCUAAAACCAAUGGUGCUAAUGAAAACAUGGCUAAAACCAAUGGUGCUAACGAAAACAUGGCUAAAACCAACGGUGCUCAACUGAUUGCUGGUCCGGAAUCACAUCAGUUGUCACCUGAGUCCCAAAAUACCACAAUACAAUUAGAGUCCCAAAGUACUACAAAAUCUACGUACCCCAAAGGCAGCUCUGAGCUGAAGGAUGCACUUCUGGACGACAGCAUAGCUGUUCCUCUGAAGAAGAUAAAGGUGGAAGAACCGUGGGUGUGGUCCAUGGACCAGUCCUCCGCCCCACUAGGGGGCGAUGAUGACGAUGUCUAUGAGGACGCUCUGUCCACGCUAGCAGCCGUGGUGUGUUUCUCUAUCACAGACAGGAAGGGUCUGGAGGAGAAGUUGUGUAGCUCCCGAUCCCCGGUGCUACGCUCAUUCAAAACAGAGCCGGAGGACUUUAAGGUGGAUAUUUGCUUGAAAAGUGCUCCCAUCAGUCCACGAAAAGCUCUCAACAUUAUUGUCAAACGAGAGCAACCCUCUCCAGAUCUCUCUCAGCCAAGCAUCCAGUCUUUGGUAGAAGAGAGGAAUAUUAGCAAUGACCAGGCUAUCGCUAUCGAGGCGCUAACCUUACUGGCAGCUAUCCCACAAAACUCCCCAGAACCCUUUAGAACCAACGCACAGGGUGAAAACCCCACCACACCAUCCAUGCACUUAUCCAAUAGAAACACCCCUCUCCAGGGCUCCAACAAAGUUCUAGUGAUCAACUCCCCUCUGCACCAGACCUCAGUCAUACGCUCCCCUCUGCACCAGACCUCAGUCAUACGCUCCCCAGUGGCCAGACAAGCUCAUGUCAUCCAGUGUCAUUCCCGUAGCCCCGCAGCCACUGGCAACCUGUCCCUACAGGACCUGCUAGAAGCCAGCUCGGACUGUGACAGACUUCCCUACGACAGCACCGAGAGAGCAGGACAACACCUGUACAGGAGAGCAGACCAAGGCCUUGGUUCUCAACAUAACAGGGGUGAAGGCACUUUCAGACAGCGGAAAGACAUGGAGAGGAACAGCAAGGAACCAAUAGAGAGGACAGUGGGUAAGAGCGGGAGGAACAGCAAGGAACCAAUAGAGAGGACAGUGGGUAAGAGCGGGAGGAACAGGGAUGAGGAAGAGGUGGCGGCUCAACUUGCCGAGUUGGCGUUCAUCAUCCAAUCACGUCACAAGCAGCAGGGUUUCCACCCCUCCCAGCACUCAGAGAACAACCCUCCCAGAGGAACUCCUGUCUCAGCCAUCAAGUACAACUACAACUCGGAACAAGCACCACCCAACCACAAGAAGACCCCUGUGAAGAGACCCAGGACCACACUUUCUAAACCUAGGAAGAAGAAGGGAACGGAGGGGCUGGAAGAGGAGGGCUGCAAACCCAACAACCGUACCCCCCUGUACAAACGAAUACCCAACGGCAAGACCCCCCACAGAGCCAGGGUCCAGAAGGUUCUGCCCCAGCCGAAGACAUCAUCGCUCAGCCACAAGAGGAGCCUGUUCCUGCCUCAGGCCCAGAUGGAUCUGAAGAGGUACCUGACUGAGGCUCAGGAGGAACGACGGCAGCUCUUUUACUACAGUAACGCCCACAGUGGGGUCAAAUACCACAAAACCUCUGGAGCCGUCGAUCGUGGUCGAAGUCAAGGUUAUGGUCAUGACAACCAACAGUGGUCGCAUUUCAACGGUCACCUGGACCCUUUACAAGGACAAGGAGUUGGACAAGGACAUGAUUGUGAAAGAGGAUUGUAUUCUCAGGUAUCGCAGCCCUACGUUGGGCAGCAGCACGGUGCUAACCUAAAGGCUAGCUCCACUAUCCCCAGUUUCACCAGCAUAGACUCUAACAACCACAGAACCGGGUUGAACCAUGGUUUAUCCAAUGGCUACUCCUCUGGGGGUCAACAGCAGGGGUAUUACAAAGUGGAGAGGUCCGGUCCGGUCACCGUCUUGUCCACGUCAGCUAACGGCGAUUUGGAUCUAUCGGAGGAGUCGACACCCACCAAACACAACGUGAACAGCUUCCUGGAAUCGCCCCUCAGGUUCCUGGACACGCCCACUAAGAAUCUGCUUAACACCCCCUCCAAGAAACUCUCUGAGAUCCCCUCCUGUGGAUGCAUGAAGCAAAUCAUAGAGAAGGAGGAGGGUCCAUAUUAUACUCACCUUGGUGCUGGACCCAGUGUGUCAGCCGUCAGAGAGAUGAUGGAGAACAGGUAUGGAGAGAAAGGGAAGGCGGUAAGGGUGGAGGUGGUGGUGUAUACUGGGAAAGAAGGACGCAGUUCCCAGGGCUGUCCCAUCGCCAAGUGGGUGAUCCGUCGGGGCAGUGAGGAGGAGAAGCUGCUGUGUCUGGUGAGACACCGGGCAGGGCACCGCUGUGAGAGUGCCGUGGUGGUGAUUCUCAUCUUGGCAUGGGAGGGCAUCCCCCGGGGCGUGGCAGACAGUCUGUACCAGGAGCUCACCCAGACUCUCUGUAAAUACGGCUCCCCCACCAGCCGGCGCUGUGCACUCAACGAGGAUCGGACGUGUGCUUGCCAGGGUGUGGACCCGAACACCUGCGGCGCUUCCUUCUCCUUUGGCUGCUCCUGGAGUAUGUACUUCAACGGCUGCAAGUUCGCCCGCAGCAAGAUCCCCCGCAAGUUCCGCCUGCUGGGAGACAUGCCACAGGAGGAGGUGAAACUGGAGCAUCGUCUACAGAACCUGGCCACAGACCUGGGUCCUGUCUACCAGAGACUGGCCCCGGAGGCCUUCCAAAACCAGGUGGAUCUGGAGCAGGCGGGCCAGGACUGCAGGCUGGGUCGGAGGGCGGGCCGACCUUUCUCCGGGGUCACGGCAUGUGUGGAUUUCUGCGCCCACGCUCACAAAGACACACAGAACAUGAACAACGGCAGCACUGUGGUUUGCACUUUAACCAAGGAGGACAACCGUGCGGUGCGUAACAUCCCUGAGGAUGAACAGCUCCACGUCCUACCCCUCUAUAAGAUCUCGCAGAGGGAUGAGUUUGGCCGUGCCGAUGGCCAGUGGGCCAAGAUCCAGACUGGGGCCCUGCAGGUGCUGUCAGCCUUCCCCAGAGAGGUGCGUCUGCUGGCUGAGCCGGUGAAAUCAGCCCGUAAGAGGAAGCAGGAGGCCAAGCUGAAGGCCCAGGCUGACAAACAGGCUGCAGCUCAGGACAGGAAGCCUGGACAGAGUCCACUAACCCCAGGCAAGGUCAAGACCGAGAGCACCAACAAAGGUUCCAAAAGCACUUCAUCAGUUGAUCAGUCCUCCUCAUUCAAAGCAGAGCCUCAGUCCUUCUACAGCUCUUUCACACCAGGAAGUGUGGGUGCCUAUGCUCCAGAGUCUAACUCCCCUAGCCCUUACCACCACAGCACUCCCACCUACCCCACUCCUCCAGGAAGAUCCACCCCUGGGAUGGAGGCUCUUUCCCCCCAUCGUCCCGGCAUGCCUUCCACCCAGUACGGAUACAGAGGGCCACCAGGGGCCCAGUGCAAUGGAUCCCCCCUCCAUUACAAGACAAUGGGAGAGGAUGUAAAUGGUUACUCCCCAGGACUCAUCAGAAAGCAGCUGGCGAAAACUGAGAGAUGUGGGACACCUGGCGACUACCCCCCCAGGACGUUUAAAAUGGAACCCAACGAGGUGCACUGCUCCCCUCUUGUCAGACCCCCCCACAGCCACAGUACUCCUCCUCCAUCCUCCUUCUCCGCCCCCCUCCCCCACCCAGAGGGCCUCCACAGCAGACUCAACGGGCUCCCCGGGGUGGCGGAGGAGAUCGGGGAUGGGGUUAAAGGUCAUGGAGGUCAUGACCUCCCCCACUGUGCCACUCAUCUCCCCCUUCAGGCCCCUCCCCCUCUCUUCCCCAACCCGGAAGAGGUCAAACAGGAACAGGAAGAGGUGUGGUCAGACAGCGAGCACAACUUCCUGGACAGUGACAUUGGCGGGGUGGCGGUGGCUCCCUCCCACGGUUCCAUUCUGAUUGAGUGCGCACGCAGAGAGCUCCAUGCCACCACCCCCAUCCUCCGACCCGACCGCAGCCACCCCACCCGCAUCUCCCUGGUCUUCUACCAGCACAAAUCCCUCAACGAGCCUGACCAUGGCCUGCACAUGUGGGAGGCAAAGAUGGCCCGGAGGGAGCGGGAGAGGGAGGAGGAGGCUGAGAGGAUAGGGAUGGGCCUGGACCUGGACCUGGAAGAGGUUAGCCCGGUCAAGGGGAAGGGGAAGAGGGGGAAGGGGGCCGGGGCUGAGAGUGUGGAGCCUGAGGAGGAGGUAGAAGAGGAGGGCCCGGAGGAGAAGAAAGGGGUGUUGAAGGUUCCGACCCGGCAGGCGGUGACCGUAGCGCGGGAUGGGGUGGUCACUGUGUCCCCUUAUGCUCUGACACAGGUCACGGGCCCCUACAACCGCUGGACAUGAUACUGUUAUGUACACACACGUACACAGGCACACAUUCACUCACAGACACAGACAGCGAUUACAUUUUAACACACACACCCCCCUGUGCUACUGCCUUACCUCAAUCAACUUUACACUUCUAAUCUCCUUUUUCUGUGUUAUUUCAUUGUGUUACUUUUUCCAAACGUAUGUCUGUUUAUUUUUGUUUCUCUUCGUCUCUGCUUUCAAAGUGAUGAGGAAGAAUAUCAUUUGUGGGUUUUUAACUGUGACUUUUAGUGUUUGAUGAUUUUUGGGGUCUGGUUUUUUCAUGUAAAGAGAUGGUGCUCAGAACCAAUUUUAAAUAUGUUUUUAAACUGGUUUUAAAUACAACUUGAUUAAUAAGAACAAACAAGAUGUGAUUAUUUAUUCUGACCAUUUUUCAAAAACUAUUUUUUUAUUUUAUUUCUUGAUGCAAGCCUGUUUACUGCAAUGUUGCUGUCAUCCAGCAUUUUACACUAGUAAACACUCAUGUCAAGUCUCUAUGGUCUUUGUUUCAGCCAAGAGUGCUCUUUUCACAAAAGGAGUUUUAUCAAUGAUUGAUCAUGUAAUGGUGCCAUCUGUAGCAGCAACUUUCGAUAAACACACCACAUAUUACACAGUAUGUAAGACUAGACUACACACAUUUACUCUAGUUUUAUGUGAAAAAAAUGUACCCAUGUAGCAUGGUGCUUUUCCUUCUCUUCCUGUUCCUCUAUUGGUGGUCAUGAAGGAACUUUACUACCUUGUUUUGGGCUGGAUCGUUUUAGUCUUUUUGUUAAACGUACAGAUAGAUAUAUGAUGACAUAUUGAAAAAGCACUUUUUUAUUUUUCAUAACUUGAAAAAGGUCCCGUUCCAAUAUGUACAGAUAGAGAGAUAUAUCCGACAGCUUGUUUGAAACCUUUUCGUUUUUUUGUUGUAGAAUGAUUUUAUUCAACUAUGAAUUUGUAACAUUAUAAAUUGCAUAUCAGUCUCACAAAAAAAAACUGGCUUACUAAGCAAUUAUGAAAUGCUGCAUAUAAAGAUUGUGUCAGAUUAUGGUGCUUGUUUUCAACGACACUUCAUUUUUAUGAAUCUGGAUAACUAUGUACAGUACGUUCACUGAAGACCUGGGUUCAAAUACAUGUGUAUUUGAGUAUCUGGUAUUUAAAAUGCUUUUUUCUAUGUAUUUGAGUAUUUUCUAAAUACACAGCCCAAAAUAAGUACUUUUCUUUGAAUAUUUUAAUGGUUGAUUGUAAAAAACAAAUUGAUAGUAUUUUCAAAUACUUAUGUAAAAUCAUAUUUUCAAAUACCUGUGUUAAAUGCAUGGGAAUGUAUUUGCAUCAGUGUAUUGAGUAUUUUCAAACACUUUCCAAAUUUCCAGAUGCAACUACUUGUCUUUUUAAAUAAUUACUUUGAAUGUAUGGGAAAGUAAUUGAGAUAUUUGAAAUAGUAUUUUAACCCAGGUCUGGUUCACUGUCUGAACUUCCAGAGUGUUUUAAAUAGGACUUGUCUGUUUUUGAUACAGACACAGCUGAAAAGACCACAUAAAACCUGUUCAGAAAUGGUGACUAUAUUACUGUAUGUUCUUACAGGCGCUGACAGCAUUUCUAUCCUCUCUUUUUAACUGACUAGGGCAUUGAUUGGCACUUAUGUUUGUCCAUAUACUGGGUAUAAAUACAUUAUACAAGUGGAGAGAAAACCAACCAAAUCCUUUGUUGUUUCUCAUUGCCUCGUCUUUACUCUUUGGGUGAAGCUGCUCUGACAGAAUAAAACACUCCUCAGAUCAUUUCAGCUGCUGUAACAGGGUUGAAAUGUUGUUAAAAACGUUGUUUACAUACCAUUUACAUAACUGUUUCACAUGGUGUCUGAAUGUGGCAUACAGGGUUGGGGUUAACUCGUGUCAUUUCAGAAAAUAACGGUAAUAUUCAGAGAGAAUUUUCCAAUUCAACCUUAUUCAUUCAAAUGAAUUUGAAAAUCCUGGAUAGAAGGCUUUUGAAAUAGAAUCAACCUCAAUGCUUGUGGCAUACCGUUUCAGGGUCGAAAUGUAGUUACUUUCUGAUGGUGCUAACUCGUCAAAAUGUGAUGCUGCACUGACAAAGCCUGUGUUUAUUCUAGGGGUGAUGUUAUGAUGCUUUUUGCAUGACUAGCAUUUGCUGUUUCCCUUCUGGAUGGGCAUGCCAUACCCUUGUGCUCUACCGUCUCUGUCCUGAAUGCAUUAUGUACUACAGUACUUCAAUCUUGUCACUGGUCAACUUGAGCAGAGGUACAGAGUAGCAUCAAUUCUCUGCAUCUUUUCAUCAUAAGUUCUAGGUCUAUCACGUAUUGAGUCAGACAGUAGACCUCUGCAGUAUACAGUAUAAACCUGCUUUAAUAGGGGGCAACCAUGUAGGGUAUUCAUCAAUGCUCACAUUAGUCCAUCAUAACCAUGUAAAUAUGGGCCCAUUCACUAAUACUGCAAUUGAUUAGGCAUCUGUUGUAUUGAUCUGUCUCCGUAUAUGCUGGCUCUAAUGCAGCUCAAUGCAGAUGAAGCACAUUUCACUGGUGCUUUCAUUUGAGUAAUACACAGAUCUGGAUAUAUGUUUUUUUUAUGUCUGUUUUUCUCUUUGUUUCUCAGGUGUGAGGUUGUUCAUUUACCCAGGCUUCAACCCAACUAGGGCACACACAGUCUCCUAACACAACUCUCUUUCUUCCAAUAAUGUUGUCAACAGAUUGACAAAGUCAAACCAUAUACUUAGAUUUUUCCUCUGAGAUAAAUGUUGACACAUAGAUUGAAUGCAUUUUAUACAAAGUAGCUGCAGUACAUAUAUAGUCUAUUACAUUAUAUUGAAUGUAGGCCGUUGCAAGUUAAUAAUGUGGUAGAAAACAGUCACUUUAAAAUGUUUCCAGCUUUACAUAAGACAGUUUGUAAGAUAAUAAACUUUUGUAAUUGUUUCACUUGAAGAUUUCUUGGUUCUACCAUUAUGUGUGACUUGAAAACUGUGGUAACCUACAUGUACAUCAAGGAGGAAAAACUAGCACCAGCAUUUUAAAACUCAAAGGUUUUUAUUGGAAUAAAACUGUAUAAAAUACACAUUUCAUGUGGAACUGACAGUUUUACUGUACUAUUCAUGGUUUGUAGAUAACAGUCUUGUUAUUUUGCAACUGAUUGACAAAAUGACUGUACAUAAUAACUAAGGUGUAUAUCAGUUUGACAGUUUUGAGAAAAUACUAAAUUCAGCAUUCCUGUCAAUGGCUACCCCCUGGUGAAAUAAAGAUGUAUUUAUAUUUUGGA